CAGUUCGUCAGCACCAAAACCAUCGGUUCAGCAUCCACAGCAACAGCAGCGAUGGUUACCAGUAGCUGAAUCCGACAUGGAUGACUUCUCACUAACACUGCCACCUCUGCCGGGAUCAUUCUUGUCGACAACAGGCCCCCACACGCAGCAACUCUUGAACCAGCUUUAUCUGCCCAUUUUCUGUGAAGAAGGCCCAGGAUCGGUUAUGCAAAAUCAGCGAAAAACGGGUGUAGUGCGACCAAAUACCGCGCAACCAGCGCCACAAAUACCAGACUGCGAAAGCCUUGCCUCAUUGCCUUUCGCUGUUUUGGAGAAAUUAUUCGACAAAUUUUCGCCUGAUAUGGCAGAAGGAAAGUGA